CCCACGCCGCCCUCCUACCUUGUGCCUAUAAAACACCUCUCGCUCUCUCUAUACCCUCCCUCUCACCACGUAAAUAGAAAGCAUACUUCUCUACAUUUCUCUCUCCUCACUUGUUAAUCAAUGCCACAAAUUAAUAUCGAUUUAAAGGGCUUUUAAGCACUAUAUAUAUAUUCCACUAGAGGGUGUGAGAUUGUGAAAGCGAUUUAAGUUACAAUCUUUCUUUCGGCCAAAAAAGUGAAGGUUUGGAGAGAGAGUGACGGAGAGAGAUUUCUCUAGACAACUCCCUCUCACUUUAAAAUUAAACUUUUUUUUCUCCAUCUCGCCUAGCAAUUGAUACCUCACUUCCAACUCCCAACUCUCCUUUUCAAAAGAUUCACAAGAGAAAUGGAAGUGGAACAAGAACAAUCCAACAUAUGGGAAGGCUAUGUGGAUUGGAAGAAGAGACCUGCUAUCAAAGGCCACCAUGGUGGCAUGUUUGCUGCCUCCUUCGUGUUAGUUGUGGAGGUGAUGGAGAACUUGGCAUAUUUGGCAAAUGCAAGCAACUUGGUUUUGUACUUGAUACAACACAUGCACUUUUCUCCUUCAAAAGCAGCAAAUCAUGUAACAAAUUUCAUGGGCACUGCUUUUCUACUUGCUCUUCUUGGUGGCUUUUUAUCUGAUGCUCUCUUCACCACUUAUCACAUCUAUCUCAUAAGUGCACUUGUUGAAUUCUCGGGUCUUGUGAUACUGACAAUACAAGCUCGUUCAUCAUCUCUAAAGCCACCCGAAUGCAACCCUAUAGAAGCCACAAUCCCAUGUCAAGAAGUGCAAGGUGCGAAAGCUGCAUUGCUUUUCUUGGGCCUUUAUUUGAUUGCGUUAGGUGUAGGGGGCAUAAAGGGAUCAUUACCUGUACAUGGGGCUGAACAGUUUGAUGAUAAUUCUAUAAAGGGAAGAAAGCAAAGAUCAACGUUUUUCAACUACUUCAUGUUUUCCCUUUCUGUUGGCGCUCUCAUUGCUGUUACACUCGUGGUUUGGAUUGAAGAUAACAAAGGAUGGGAAUGGGGUUUCGGUAUCUCUAUGUUGACUAUCUUAUUGUCUAUCCCAGUAUUUCUAGCUGGCUCUGGUUUUUAUAAGAACAAAAUCCCUUCCGGAAGCCCUCUCACCAUGAUGUUUAAGGUACUGAUUGCGGCAAUAUUAAAUGCUUGUGUCGCAAGAAGUCCAAGCAAUGCGAUCGUGAGCAUGUCAUUGUCGCCAAAAGAUACCCAACAACAACAAACUGUCACAAAAGAUCUUGAAGAAACCGAAACCCCGACAACAAGUCUAAAAUUCUUAAACCAUGCAACCACAAACAAACCAGCUUACACUUUCCUCCAAUGCUCAGUCAAACAAGUUGAAGAAGUCAAAAUUGUCCUAAGAGUCCUUCCAAUCUUUGGUUGCACCAUCAUGCUCAAUUGUUGUUUGGCCCAACUCUCCACAUUCUCAGUCCAACAAGCCUCCACCAUGAACACGAAGAUUGGGUCGCUAAAAGUUCCGGCAGCCUCCCUCCCUGUUUUUCCGGUGAUGUUCAUCAUCUUCCUUGCUCCGAUCUAUGACCAUAUCAUAAUCCCAUUUGCCCGAAGAGCUACAAAAUCCGAAAUGGGUGUUUCACACUUGCAACGUAUUGGAAUUGGAUUGCUUCUUUCAGUAAUGGCCACCGCUGUGGCGGCUCUGGUUGAGAUCAAACGCAAACGGAUUGCCAUGAGAGCUGGAAUCAACCCUCACGAGCCAUUGCCGAUUACAUUUCUAUGGAUUGCGUUCCAAUAUUUGUUUCUUGGAUCUGCUGAUCUUUUCACGUUGGCCGGAUUAAUGGAGUUCUUCUUCACCGAAGCUCCGGCGAAUAUGAAGUCUUUAGCCACCUCACUAUCAUUUGCGUCGUUGGCUAUGGGGUACUACCUGAGCACUGUUAUUGUGUCGGUUGUGAACAGCGUCACGGGGGACUCCGGCCACCCUGGAUGGUUGUCGGGAGAAAACUUGAACCAUUACCAUUUGGAGAAGUUUUACUGGUUGAUGUGCGUGUUGAGCGCACUGAAUUUCCUCCAUUAUUUAUUUUGGGCUCGCCGGUACAAGUAUCAAUCUACAGGGGCUAAAUUGUAAACUAUGGAGAAGUUGGAGGUGUAUUGAAGAGACUGCUACAAAGUCGGCAGUUUCAUAUAUGACAUACAUCAUCAGGAUGCCAGGAUGUGAUAUAUAUAAGAUGCAGCAAUUUGUAGUUUUACAUCUCAAUAUAAGAUGCAGUUUGUAGUUUUACAUCGCAC